CAUAGCCCAGCGGUUGAUCUACGAAUCACGUAAUCCGGGUUUAAAUGGCAGGUGAGUCGGAGUUACCCGAGUACAAAGUCUGUUGCACGCUUUAAAACUAAACCAGGCUUACCUGAUCCAUACUUUCGACGGCACAAAUAGAAGGAUGUCAAAAAAUUCAAAGUCUCCAAAUUUUACUGCUUUAGAAAAGACCGUUUUAUUGGAGCUCAUUGAUUCCAGGAAGGAUGUCAUUGAAAAUAAACAAAACGAUGGCAAAAUGGUAUUAAAGAAAAACUCAGAAUGGGAAAAAAUUACGACUGAAUUUAAUGCCAGCCAUGGUGUUCAUCAAAGGACAUGCAUUCAACUGAAGUCUCUCUGGAAAAAUAUAAAGUCCAGGACGAAAACGGCCGUUGCAAGAGACCGAAGGGAAAAAGCAAAAACUGAUGGGGGUCCACAAACGGAUACGGAAUUAGACAGUCUGCAUACAGCAAUAUCAACAAUGCUUCCACAGCAAAUUAACAGCAUUGGCAAUGAAUUUGAUGAUGAUGCUGCUUUGCAUGGUGACUUAGAUAAAAAUCCCAGUCCCAAUAAAGAGGCACGUUGUGUCAUGGAAUCUAAUGAAACCCCAUCAGCUCAUAAUUCCGCAUCUACCACACCACCAAUCAUGAAGAGGAAGCUCCCCGGUAAACAGGAACAGGUGAAAUCCAGACUGCUGGAGAUGGCGGAAGCGGAACAUGCUGCAAAAAUGCGUGUAUAUCAAUUAAAGGAAGAUAUUCUCAUUCUUAAAAAGCGUAAGCUAGAAGAAUCUCUGUCCAUCAGAACUGAAACAAAUAGACCUAGCACAAGUAACAGUGUUUGUUCUGCAUGGAGACCAUUUUAAUAUUGUUUGUCUCCAUACGCCAAAUAUCAAAAUAAAAUACAUUCAUACUA